AAUUCUUUCAAGUAAUUGAGAAUCCGGGAACGUGUAUUCCUUCCGACAAAAAGGCGUGAAAAGUGCAAUCCACGAUGUCAAUAAUUACGAAUUCAGGAAAUCCUUUUGGUUUAGCAUUUCUCCUAGCUGGGAAGUUUGCUAAGAAACCGGUGAAAUUGGAGAAAGUGGAUAUAAACGGUUCCCACGUGAAGCCCCCGAGACAUUUACCUGUAGUCCGAUUAGAGAGUGGUCAGGAACUCUUUGGAAAAGAAGCGGGACUGCGAUAUCUUCUGGGAGACUCUGUGGAGCACUCCUUGAAGACGGAUGAACUUUCCGAGUGGAUCCUGACACACUUCGCACCUUUGCUGAGUCAUCUGGUGACUUCAGGGAAUCGCCGUGAUGCCUCUCUAGCCACUAAAAUGACGGGAUUUGUGAAGAAACUCGAUGAUCUCCUGAAGGAGAGUGAAUUUCUCUCUGGAAGCGCCCCCACAGGGCCCGAUUUUCUCUUAUGGAGCCUUCUCGCUGUCGAGGGAGCUCUCAAGGAGAUCUCCAAUGCUGAGAAUCUCGUUAAGUGGCAUAAAAACUUCUCUGGCCGCGCUGAGGCUCAGGAAGUUCUGUCUGACUUCAAGGAUCUCACCUUCUCAUCCCUGCAGAGCGCCAGUAAACUCGGCUCUGUUGGUGUGGGACCCACUCCAGCGUCCCCAGCCGAUGAGUCACCCACCGCGGAGGCAAUUUCUGCUGCGGAGAUUGCAUCAGCCCGCCAGGCAUUCAUCUUCCAAGACAUUCCUCAACCCAAGGAGGCUCGAACGGUUUUGCCGAAAACAGGAGAGCGAAAUAUUCUCAUCACUUCGGCGCUGCCCUAUGUGAACAACGUUCCUCAUCUCGGAAAUAUCAUUGGAUGCGUCCUCUCGGCUGAUAUCUUUGCCCGCUAUUCCCGUCUCUGUGGCUACAACACGCUCUUCAUCUGCGGCACAGAUGAAUACGGCACGGCGACGGAGACGAAAGCCAUUGCGGAGAAAAUGACUCCUCAGCAGAUCUGUGACAAAUUCUUCGAGAUUCACAAUUCAAUUUAUCGAUGGUUUGGCAUCGGAUUUGACUACUUUGGCCGAACCACAACACCUGAGCAGACACAGAUUGUGCAGGAAAUGUUCCACGAGCUCUUCAAUGCGGGAUUCGUGAACACUGAGACCGUGGCGCAAUUGCUGUGUCAGAAGUGUCAGCGAUAUCUGGCCGACAGAUUCGUGGAGGGCGUCUGUCCACAUCCGGGAUGUGGUUAUGAGGAUGCCAGGGGUGAUCAGUGCGACAGCUGCGGAAAGUUGGUGAAUGCCAGUGAGCUGAUCAAGCCCCGCUGCAAACUGUGCAACACCACGCCCGUGGUUCGAGACUCCAGCCAGUUCUUCAUCAAUUUGCCCAAGGUGGAGCCGAAGCUGAAGGAAUGGGUGGCCACUGUGGAAGACGGGUGGACGCACAACGCUCGCGUGAUAACGAAAUCAUGGCUGAGAGAAGGCCUGCGGCCAAGGUGCAUCACGAGGGACCUCAAAUGGGGUAUUCCAGUGCCAAAGCCUGGCUUCGAGAACAAGGUAUUCUACGUGUGGUUCGAUGCGCCCAUCGGUUACAUGUCCAUCACGAGCAAGUACACGAAGGAGUGGCGCCAGUGGUGGCAGCCCAAGGAGGCCAAGGUGUCCCUGUACCAAUUCAUGGCCAAAGACAAUGUGCCCUUCCACUCUGUCAUGUUCCCGGCCACGCUGCUGGCCAUCAACAAGGGCUACACCCUCGUGAGUCACAUCAUGGCGACGGAGUAUCUCAACUACGAAGACGGGAAGUUCAGCAAGAGCAGAGGAAUUGGAGUGUUUGGCAAUGAUGCUCAAGAAACUGGUAUUCCGGCUGAUGUGUGGCGCUUCUAUCUGGCGUAUUCCAGACCUGAGGGUCAGGACUCUAGUUUUAGCUGGAAUGACUUGGAAGCGCGCAACAACUUUGAGCUACUCAACAAUCUGGGCAACUUCAUUAACCGCGCUCUUGUUUUCUGCGAGAAGAACUUCGGUGGCGUUAUUCCGCAGCUGGCUCUUCAAGAGGAGGACGUGGUCCUGCUGGCUCAAGCGAACAGAGAGUACCACGAGUACGUGGCAUGCUUGGAGAAGGCGCGCAUGCGAGAUGGGAUCAAGCACAUCCUGGCCAUUUCGCGACACGGUAACCAAUUUCUGCAGGUGAUGCAACCUUGGGUGCUGCUGAAGGGCACUGAUGACCAGAAGUCGAGAGCAGGAACCGUGAUUGGCAUCUGUGCGAACCUGACAGUUUUGCUGGCAACUCUGCUGUUCCCCUUCAUGCCGGAGACCGCGAGGAGGAUCUUCAAGCAGACAAACAUUGAACGUGGAGCGAUUGAUCCACAGGAUCCCAGGGUGAAGAUGUGGCUGAAGCCUGGCCAUAAGAUUGGGAAGCCAGAGCCACUGUUUGUAAAAAUUGAACCGGCGCGAAUUGAGGAGUUGAAGAAGAAGUACGCUGGCGCCCAGGCUGGAAACGCCCAGGCGCCGAAGAGUCAAGAGCCUCUGCCCACCAUGACUGUGGCGGAACUGGAGAAGGCAGUGCUGCAGCAGGGCGAGAAGGUGAGACAAUUGAAGGCGUCUGCUGAAAAAGCCAUCUGGCAACCGGAGGUAGAGCGACUCCUGGCGCUCAAGAAGAAACUGGCAGAGGCAACAGGCCAACCAGCGGCUCCUGUCAAGGACAAGAAGAAGAAGUGAACUGCAAAAUUGAACUUAAGUGUGAGCUAUUUAUUAUUCCCUCUAAUUUAUGGUUGUCCAUAGGCAGUAUUGCAAUCUAGAAGCCCCAGUAAAGACAUUUGCUAAUGGAA